AUGUCAAGCUCCAUUCUAACCUUGGGUCCCUACAAACAUCGUAAGGACUUGACCAGAGAAAGUGUCUUAUCCAAGUAUGAAAUUUUAGGAUAUAUAGCUGCUGGUACCUAUGGAAAAGUUUAUAAAGCACAAGGGAAAUUGAAAGAAAAACGUAAAAAUGAGGAAGACUCGAUUCCAUCCAAAUUGUAUGCCAUCAAGAAGUUCAAAAUAGAAAGUAAUAUAAAACCCAAUUUGAUGGACAAUGAAGUAAUCAAUUAUACGGGUAUCAGUCAGAGUGCCAUAAGGGAGAUGUCAUUAUGUAAAGAAUUGAACCAUAAAAAUGUAAUUAAUUUAAUUGACAUCAUUUUGGAAAACAAAUCAAUCUAUAUGAUUUUGGAAUACUGUGAACAUGACUUGUUACAAAUCAUUCAUUAUCACUCCCAUCCGGAGGUUAAACCAAUUCCUAUCAAAAAUGUGAAAUCAUUAGUGUGGCAAAUAUUGAAUGGAGUUUUGUAUUUGCAUAAAAACUGGAUAUUCCAUAGAGAUUUGAAACCCGCAAAUAUCAUGGUCACAGAAUCAGGAGUAGUGAAGAUAGGUGAUUUGGGAUUGGCUAGAAAAUUUAAUAAUCCACUACAGAGCUUAUAUACUGGUGAUAAAGUGGUCGUUACUAUUUGGUACAGAGCGCCUGAAUUACUAAUGGGAGCGAGAUAUUAUACCCCCGCAAUUGACUUAUGGGCUGUGGGAUGUAUAUUAGCUGAAUUGCUUAGUCUCAGACCAAUCUUCAAAGGUGAAGAAGCAAAAUUUGACAUAAACAACAAAAAGACAGUGCCUUUCCAAAAAAAUCAAUUUUUGAAAAUUAUCGAUAUUUUGGGAAUACCCAACUCGACCAACUGGCCAAGCUUAUCCAAAUAUCCAGAAUACUAUUCAUUCCAACAAAUGGUUGCUGGAAAUAGUAAUUUGAACACUACAAAUAAUCUCCUCAAUUGGUAUAAGUUGAUCGGAGGUAAUAAUAAAGCAUGUUUCAAUUUGUUACAAGAUUUGUUACAUUAUGAUCCCAAUAAAAGGGUGACUGCAGAUAAUGCUUUGGUACACGAUUUCUUCUCCGAACAGCCAAAAACCCUUAUUGAUAAUGCGUUUGAUGGGUUGAAUUUGAAGUACCCGAAAAGAAGGAUUUUCACCGAUGACAAUGAUAUUAUACUGAAUUCAGGUAGGAAAGUAUUUAAUGAUAGUAGAAAGAAAGUUAGACAAAUAUAG